CAAGUAUUUUCUGAAAAAUUAAUAGUGUGGCAGAAUCCAAGCUGUUCUGAACAAUUUUCCCAUUUCUUCAACAAUAAUCACACAUCGUUGUACCAGUCUUUAUCCCCAGAACAUCGUCAAAUUUGAUCAUGACAGCCAUGGCGGACGAAGUUGACGUAGCUAUCGCUACCUACGAGGAGCUGAUGGACCUUGAGAAGGAGUUUGAUGACGUCGAGACUGAAAUUAUUCGUCAACAAGUUGCCAUGAACAAGACCCUCUAUGAGAAGAGAGCAGCCCUCAUCGCUAAGAUCCCCAACUUCUGGGCUUUAGUCUUUGAGCAGGCACCCCCAGAUCUAGACCAAUAUAUCCAGCCUAGUGACUCUGCUGUUCUCCUGUCCUCGUUGACUUCUGUCUCCGUUUCUCAUUUCGAGAUUGAAAAUGGCGGCAAGGGCGACCCCCGCAGCGUUUCCAUCAAAUUCGAAUUUUCGGAGAAUGACUGGUUCGAAGACAAGGUUCUCGAGAAGAAGUUCUGGUACCGUGUCUCCAAGGACGGCGAGGAAGGCCUAGUCAGUGAGCCUGUCCCCAUCAAGUGGAAGUCAGCGGAGAAGGACCUCACCCAGGGAAUGUUGGACUUGGUUUUGAAGGUCUGGGAAAACGACAAGAAGAACCCCCCUGCAGACAGCACGAAGAUUAAGAAGGAGAAGAACUAUACCCCCGAUGAGAAGGCAUUGAAGGAGAAGAUCGAGGCUACUGGAUUAGGAGCUGUUUCUUUCUUCGGGUGGUUCGGAUUCAGAGGUUUAAAUAUCUCUGCCGAGGAGAGCCGCCUUGCCAUCGAGGAAGACAAGAAGCGACGAGCUGAGAGAGCUGCAGGCAAGAUCCCAGACCUCGAGGCGGUAGAAGAUGAUGAGGAUGAAGAUGAGGAUGAGGACCCCUUAGCCCUUGAGAUUUUCCCCGAUGGAGAAGAAGUCGCCCUCACUACCAGCGAUGACCUCUGGCCUAACGCUAUCAAAUACUUCAGUCAAGCUCAAGAGGUUGAUGUUAGCGACGUAGACUUUGAGGAUGAGGAUGAAGAGAUGGGCGAUGAUGACGACGAGGAAGAGAAACCCAAAGCUAAUGGUGCCCAACCCCCAUCUAAAAAGCGGAAGGCCUAAACGUGCUAAAGAUAAAAAUGAAGGUCGCUAAUUUCACUAUGUUGCAGCUCGUACAAAAUAAUUGAUCGCUAGAUUCGAUAGGCCAUGGCGGAAGAUGAUGGAUGAUAUUGGGAAAAUGGGAAAAUGGGGGGGAAGGGGUACAUGAGGUUGUAUACCGCAUGCGUUUGUGUUUCGAUACCAAUUGCAAGAUAUUUCUAUAGACUAUUGAGAAGUACACAAGAAAGGCCUUAGUUAUAGAUGCGUUUGGGUGAACUCGAUUGGCGAUCCAAUUCGAGCCCCUGAAUAUACCGUGCUUUUUUCUCUUUUUACCCGCUA